GAAGUAUGAAUGUGAGGAGUGAGUGUCAACAAGAGCCAGAGACGACACGGCGCUCUCACGACUGAAAGUCAUGCUUCCUGGAAUUGGGGUAUUUGGCACUGGGGACAUUGUAAGAGCCUUGGUGCCAUUCCUCAGAGCAAAGGGAUUUCGUGUUGAGGCAGUUUGGGGGCGUACAUUAGAAGCUGCAGAAAAUGUUGCAACUGAACUCAACAUUCCAUUUCAUACAAAUAAGGUUGAUGAUGUGCUACUUCGGAAAGAUGUCGACUUGGUGUUUAUAAUUUGUCAACCAGAUCUUCAUGCCCAAAUUGCUGUCAAAGCCCUUGGCAUUGGCAAGCAUGUUCUGUGUGACAGACCAGCUGGUCUCUGUCAGUUGGAGGUGCUGAAGAUGGUGCAUGCUGCUCAGUACUACCCAUCUCUCAUUUCUGUCAUAUCCCAUGGACUUCGAUUUCUCCCAGCAUUUGUACACAUGAAGCGGCAGAUUGAAGCAGGUUAUGUAGGCAUAGUCAAUGUCUGCGACGUGAGGGUACAUUGUGGCAGCAUGAUCGGAAAUCAGUUUGACUGGAUGUGCAGUCAUUUAAUGGGUGGGGGUAUUUUGACUAUGGUUGGUAGUCACAUCAUUGAUAUUGUCUCUUUUGUUACGGGACAGCGAGCUAAUCGCGUUCACGGCAUGAUGCGCACUUUUACAAAAAGCACCGAAAAAAUAAAUGGAAUUCGAUGGAUUGAUAGUGAUGACUUUUGCAGCUUCCAAAUGAUUUUAGAUGGUGGAGCUUGUGUAACAGCUACCCUUAAUAGUCACAUGGCAGGAGGUUUCAUUCAGGAAGUGGUUGUAUGCGGCAGUCGGGGAAGAUUGGUCGUCCGUGGAGCUAACCUCUAUGCUCAGAGCAAUGUUACAGAAAAGGAAGAGCUACUUCAUGAGGGCCCAGAUGAUGUGGCUCAUCUCACAAACAAGAACAAUAGUGCAAGGAUCAACUCCCUAUUACCACAGCCUUAUCUUCAAGGACUCUUCAGGUUGGUUGGAGCUCUCAAAGAAGCUUUUGCAACAGGAGAUGGGGAACAUGGUUGGUUGAAAGAGCCUGUAUCAAGUGCUGCCACCUUUGAGGAUGGCCAGUAUGUUCAAGCUGUCAUCGAUGCAAUCAAACUUUCAUCAGCCAGCCGUCAGUGGGAGCAGGUAACAGUAGCCAAUGAUGAGAAUGAACUGAAUCCUUUAAUGACCCGCCUUAACCUCCCUAACAUUAAUAUGAGCUCUUUGGAUGCACUUUCUCAAGCUCCGACUAACAGACCUCCUCCUCAACGUAAGGUGACCAGUACGGAGUCCCACCUCCCGUGGAGCUUUGCUACCAAACACUAAAAUAUUUUUGGGGGUAUCUUAUUGCUUUAUAUGGUCUUGUGCAUUAAUGGGGUAGAGAUUACUGUCUCAGAGUAUUUCUAUAAACAGGGCUUAGUAUGGAUGGUAAUGCAAUCUUAAAAUGUAAAUAUUUGUGUUUCAGUAAUUGCAAAGGAAGACAUAAAAUUGCAGUAUUCUAGGCAUUACUUUAAAUGUUUAUUUUAGUUAUAGCUGUGCUCUCCAACACAAGAAGAUGAUGUGGCUUGCUUUUUUUUAUCAAUGUAUACCUUUAAAGAUACACUAUUGCUUUUUGUUUAUGAAGUAUUUGUUAAGGAAUGGCUUAUCUUGCUUUGAGAAGAUUAAUUUAGUACACAAUACUGUGUGUGUGUGUGUAAGCAAGUGUCAAUUUUGUCUACAGAAUUAUUUGGUGAAUUUUUUUCCAACCAAAUAUAAGUCACAUUUUCUUAAACAAGCAAUUCUCUCAAAGUGGAUUUUUAUCUUCAGACUGUACCAAUGUAGGUAUUUAUACUUUCUUCGGUUUAGUCAUACAUGAAGCUUUAUAAGUAACAUUAGCUUUAUUUCUUUAGCUUUAAUGGUGUUAAUAGCUGAAAUAAUUGUAAGGCAGUAGGGGAAUGUACAUGAAAUAAUAUAGUUUAAUGAUUUUA